GGAGCGCUAUCGGUACGGUAGUGGGGAUAGAAGGGAGGUGUGGUAACGGUUAGGAGUCUCGUCCAACCACGAGAGGAGCUAGUAGCGUUCGUCUGGCAGUAUGAGGCGGCGUGGGGCUAGGGACGAUGCAUGGGCUGCGACUAGGAGGCACUUGGGAGGUAGGGAGGGCAUGCGAGCAGAGCACAGUUCAGUAGUCGCCAUUGCAAGUCCCCCCGUGCUCUCGUAUUCGUGACACUCGGACGCGUGGAGACGAUUUUGAGCUAACCUAAUCUCCCCGCGAGGGCCCUAAGUGUGCCCCCCCGAUGCAGAGAUAUUGCACCGAGCUCACCGAUAGAUUGUUGAAAUCACUUGAUAAGGAAUACAAUGUAAGUAGCGGAAUGAAUCCGCGAUGCGCCGUCCGUCCGUUCACGCAAACGGCUAUCGGGCCACUCUCGAUCCCCCGUGCGCCGUGUGCCUGUACCAGUAGCGUGCGCGAGAGUCACUGAGAGUGUAGUGUGGUGGCAGUUCCGCGUGUGAGUGCGAAUGCGUUUCUUCUGUGUCAUCGACAUGGGAGCUGUUGUGGAUGUCAUUACGGCCCUGGAAAAGACGACGAUCACUAAAGAAGUGCUUGAGAGUACAAGACUUGGAAAAUACAUCAAUGAACUUCGACGAAAAACAAACAAUGAUGCCUUGGCAAAGCGUGCGAAGGAUUUGGUACGAAGAUGGCGUGAUAUGGUUUUACCUUCUGCUCAUUCUACACCACAGCCUACACCAGCAGACACAGCACCACCUGCUCUUAAUGGAGCAAAACCACAUAGCCCUGCAUUAAGAUGUUUUAAACCACAAAGUCCAGCAUUAAGAAGUAUAAUGCGGUCUCAAAGUCCAUUGUUAAGGGAUACGCUUGCACUCAGAGUGCUUAGUCCAGUUCUAUCUGUGAAUUGCGAUCAUUUACAUUCUCCUAAUGCAUCAUCAAAUAAGCAGUCAAUUACAGUAACCAGCAACCACAGAACAAGUUCUGAUGUGCCACCUAAGCUUGGUUCUUCGAGCCAACAUCAUUCGAUGGAAGCAGUGCCACGAACUCACAGUUCAAACAAACGUCUUCGAAAAGAUGAUCCCAAGGACCAACACAAUUAUCAGCGUCAUGAUUCAGUCUCAAUUACCGAAAGUGAAACCUUUGUUAAAAAACAACGUCUAAAUGGCGAAAAUGUGUGUGGUAAUUCAAAUAUGCAAGUGCCUAGCCCCACAUUUAGAGAAAGAAUCUCUGAUCAUUUUACGGAGUCUUCCACUAAACCUGAUGAAUCAGGGCCAAAGAAACGUGGUAGAAAGAAAGGCAGUAAAUCUACGAAGAAGCAACCGGUUUUAGAAGAUUGUGUAAAGGAAAAACUAGCUAGUAUCUCAAGGAAUCCUAAAUUAAAGACAACGCAAGAAUUGCUGGCUGAUCUACGGGCACGCGGCACCAAUUCUAGCAUUAAUUCAAGUGCUCUACCUAGUCAAAGUGUAGAAUCAUCCGGCAUGGAAGAUAUUCUGAGGAGUAGCAAUGAACAAGUAUCAAAGUUCCUUCGUGGUCCUCAGAAUAAUUUAUCCCAUAGAAAUACAGUUUCUGAAGCCUCACCAGAAAGUCGGUUGAAGCCCACAGAAAACUGUCUCGAUGUACCAUCUAAGUGUGAAGAAUCAGGUGUAGUGUACAAAGAAAAAUCAGUUACAAAUGUUCAAAAUAAUCAACUAGAACAGUCUCAAGAUUUAACGGUUGAAGAAAUAUUGGCCAAGUUACCACCAAUAGAUCCGAGUUCAAUAGAUUGGAGUGAGUGUGAAACUGAACCAACAGAAGAUCAAAAUAGUACUGAGUAUCCACCUAGACAAAUUACUGCAGAGGAUAUAGAAAGGUUACAUACACAAUGUGUUGAAGGACUGAAUGGAAACUUCCAACCAAAAUUAUCGUUUUUAACUUCGACUUGUAAGGAAAAACCAGAGGUAAAGGAAGAUGUGUCAGAAAUCAAUAGUGUAAACAAUGUGUAUAGCCAGCCUGAUGAAGAAUUUCGAGAAUGGCAUCAGAUGCUAGCAAGGUCCAGUUAUAAUGGCCAGGUUUUCCACAUAUUGCCUUAUGUUAUUAUUGAUUAGUAAUUUUAUUAUCUUAUUCUAUUAUUAUCCUGAAAUUUGUGAAAAAUCCCUAUAAAUAUUAAAGAGAUUGAUUAGUCAUCAAUCUAUUAAACCAAUUUCUAUUGCAAUUUAUGAUUGCCUUUAUUUCUAUAAAUGCUCUUUAUAUUACCACCUUUAUCAUCAUUAUCGUUCCCUAAUUAUUCAAAUUAAAACUGAUACUUUGAAUAUGUGAACCAAUCACGCUAGAAAUAUGUAACUGGCAAUCAUUUUUCCCGCGAAUAUCAUUCUCGACGAUAUUCGUGUCGUCACAAACCUUAAUUUUACUUUAUUCGUAAAAAUCAUUUAUUGUUAUAAUCACCAUUAUUAGUGUCAUCUUCUUCAUCAUUAUCAUCUUCACCAUAGACGUUCAUCAACAAUACAAGAGUAUCUUUAUUAUUAUUGUUAUUGUUGUUACUAUUACUACUACUAUUAUUAAUAUUAUCAUCAUUCUCGUCAAUAUUAUUCAUUAUUGGCUUAUCAAAGCAAGUUUUAUACAGAACAAGGCAUAAAGAAGAUAUUUAAGAAUCAAAAAACGUAAUGUUUGGAACUUCUAAUGUAAUAUUUAGCUCCAAUGUCUGUGACAAUGUAUUUGAGUCCAAAAGGUACUCUUUGAAUGCUUGUCUUUCAUUGUGUAUAUUAUAUCAUUAUUCUCAUUAACAUUGACAUUAUUGUGUAAAUUAUCACUGUAUUAAGAAAAUGGUAGCAAAAAUCAGAUUCGGAUUAUAAAAACUAUUUAAAAUCUGCAAAUUACUUUUUUCAAAUUUAUUAUAAUUAAAUUUUUUAUAAGAACAAUAAUGUUUCAUUUUCUUAAAGAAUGAAUUUUUCUUUGACAAAAGAUUUAUAUAGCAUUGUAAUAUGAUUGAUCACUUUUCAGAAAUUGUACAAACCAUUUUAUUCACUUGCUAAGAAAAGAGAGGCACACUGAUUGAAUCAAAUAGUGCAUUUUGGCCUAUGUAUAAAGGAAAAAAGAAUUAUUUUCAAAUAUUUGAAAAGAAUAUAUGAAAAAUAAUGGGUAGUUACAUUUCAUUUGCUGUGACAUACCCUUUGGUUAAUUGUAUUAUUUUUACAAUAUGUUUGAAGAAUGAUGUUACACAAAAAGUAUAAGGAAUGAUUAUGGCAAAAUGUAUACUUGUACCACGCAAAAAGAUAACGCUAUAAUAUUUCAAAUGCUUUUUGACACAAUAUUCUGUUUAUAAAUUUAAAGUAUUUAUUGAAAUGUACAGAUGUCACUUAAAUAUAAUAUGAAAAAUAAUUUUUUGCGCGUGGUAAAAAGUAGUCGAACCGAAUAUAACGAGGCCUUAAUUAAAGUUUAAAAGUAAAAAAAAAAUAUUUGUCUAAUAAAGUAUUAUGUUGCAUAUACUUCUAGCAAAGGUAAUACAAUCCGAGUAAGUUUUAAAUUUUUCUAUCUCAAUUUUAUUUCAUAUGUUAUUAGUACAAUAUAGUAAAAUGAAAGUAAAAGUCUAAAUGAAAAGAAAAAAGAAAUUCUUGUUUUUAGAACAAUUGCAGCAAAAAUCCCCACAUACAUAAUUAUAUUGCUGGAAGGAAAACAUGUUAUGUGCAAUGUUCAAAUGUUCCAGUGUAAUGCAACAAAUAUUUCAAAGCUAUGUAAUUUUUUUAAACAAAAAGAAAGAUUGAAAUUAUUUGAAAGAUGUAAAUACGUCGUUCAAAAUCAUGGAAACACUGGAACCAAAAUAUAUUAAUAUUUUCUGUAAUAACCAAAUAAUACUAUGUGUUAUGUAAAAAAGAAAAUAGAAAAAAAGAAAAAAAACAGGAGAAAGAUUGUACAUAUUAUGCCACUAUAUCAUGUAUAAUGAAAGCUUUGUGAAACAUUAUGAAUUAGAAAAAGAAAAUGUCUGAUUUUA